GGAUCCGCCUACACGGAACUCAACAACACAAGAGUCUUAUUAAACUCUCUUACAGAUGAGUUUAUCAACGCCUUUCAAAACGAGCAGAGGAAGAAAAUAACAACAUUGCUUUAAGUUCGUGGAAGCGUUGAGAUUGUGAAGAUAUGAUGGGUCUCAAAGGCUGCUGGAGUUUGUGGGUUCAAGCAUCUGCUCUUCUGUCUUUCUGGCUGAUGGAAGCAAAGACUUUUACCAUGUUAAAAACCAACCUGUGUAAGUGGUGCGACCACUCGAAUCCCAUAUGCGAAGACAACGUCUGCACGAGCAACUGCAGUCUGACCUCUUACUGUACACUGAAUGAGGAAGUGUGUGUAGCCAUAUGGAAGAAGGACAACGUGAGUGUCAGCGUGAAGACGAUGUGCUAUAACCCGCAGCAUCCACUGGAGAACAUAAUUCUGACAAAUUACUCCACGACAGAGUGUUUGAUGUCACCACUACCGUCUGAUGAUGGACUGCUCUUUAUUUGCGCCUGUAUCGGUGAUCAGGAGUGCAACGACAAGCUCAUCUUUGACAAAGGACCAAAUGGAUAUUCAAAGGUGAAAUCCAUAGAGAUCAUUCCAAUAGUAAUCAUAAGCCUUGUCACAACACUCAUCCUGGGCGUCGUCAUUGCCGGAAUCAGCUUUUACCUCUACCGUACCCGUCAGCCCUGCAAACAACCCAAAGACUGGGCACCAAGACGUACCCACUACCAGUCCCUGGAUCCAGCAGAGGUCUGCGCCGGCCAAGCGAAUGGUAGCGAUUACCACGACAAGAUGACUCCACUCAGCGACGACGUCAGUUCGGAAAUAUCAUCGACUUGUGCCAAUAACCUAAACCACAACACAGAGCAGCUGCCCAUCCAGCUGGAGACCCUGGUGGGUAAGGGGCGCUUCGCUGAAGUGUGGCAGGCACGACUCAGCCAUAAUGAGGGCGGACAUUACGAAACCGUGGCUGUUAAGAUCUUCCCGGCAGUAGAGUAUACCUCGUGGUGUAAUGAAAGAGCUAUUUUCUCUGAUGCCAACUUAAAACAUGAGAACGUGGUGCAGUUCUUGACGGCCGAGGAGCGGGGUGGCACUUCUCAGAGGCAGUAUUGGCUCAUCAUGGCUUAUUACAGCCUGGGGAACCUUCAAGACUUUCUGGUGUCUAAUGUUCUCACCUGGGCCGAACUGUGCGCGCUGGCAGGCUCUGUGGCGAGAGGCCUGGCACACCUGCACAGUGACAUCGCACCCUGCGGCACGCCAAAGGUGCCAAUCGCCCAUCGAGAUCUGAAGAGCAGCAACGUUGUGUUGAAGAGCCGCACUGAGUGUGCGCUCUGCGAUUUCGGACUGGCUCUGCGACUCGACCUUUCCCUCACCGUAGAUGAUUUUGCCAACAGUGGACAGGUGGGGACAGCACGCUACAUGGCUCCUGAAGUCCUGGAGUCCAGGGUGAAUCUUGAGGAUUUGGAGUCUUUUAAACAGAUGGAUGUAUACUCCAUGGCCCUGGUGCUGUGGGAAAUGGUCUCUAGGUGUGAUGUCAUAGGGGAAGUUAAGAAUUACGAGCCCCCAUUUGGCUCCAAGGUGUGUGAGCAGCCGUGUAUAGACAGCAUGAGGGAACUGGUGUUAAGAGACAGAGGACGACCAGAUAUCCCAGAGAGCUGGACAACACAUCCAGGAAUGCAGCUUUUGUGUGCAACGAUAACCGAGUGCUGGGACCACGACCCAGAAGCCCGUCUGACGGCUCAUUGUGUAGUGGAGCGCUUUAAUACUCUGGCACAGGAAGACCUGGAGAACUCCAUCUCAACCCAAGCUCUCGUACUGACAUCAACAGAGCAAUCCUCAUCCCUCCCCUGUCUUCCUCCAUGCACGGACGACAGCGCUGACGUCCAUCCUUCAGCUGCAGAUGACACGCAGAUCUCCGCUUCCUCCAGGCAACCAAGUCAAAUGUGACCUGUCUGGAAAAUCAGACUCUUUUUUUGUAACGCAUAUUGGUUCAUUAUGUGGAGCUGGUCUCCGUUUUUCAAAUGCUAAACCAAACCGGUGUUCUAGAGAGGGGUUUUUGUUCUGACGUUGUGGUUUUCUUGUUGUGGCGAACACAGAAACGGAAAUUUUCUCCGCAAGGCGUCGUGCCAUAACGCAACAUACGCUGUUGCAGACGGGAGGGACGUUUAGGGGACUUUUGGCAGUAAGCUCUGCGCGAGCCUUAAAGUGUGGCAUUCUUUGCUCUACAAAUGUUUUCCCAAAAUUGUUUACCACACAUAAUUUUCUCAUCUGAAAAUUUCCAUCGCCCUCUGAGUCACUCGUUUUUAACAUCCAUGUGAUCUUUCCAUAAACUCGGCUUUUUGGGGACUUCAAUUUGAUUAACCACAGCACUGCAGCGUAAAUACUCAAAAGGACGAUACACCAACGACUGGAAAUGACUGCUGUUUAUAGACCAAAAGGCCAGAUUUCGUUUUACUGCUCACAGAGAGCGGUAUUAUUUUCAACAGAUUUAAGAGUAGUCUAAUGGGUUUCUUUCUUGUUUUUUCAGUUUCUUUGCACUGACCCUUUGUAACCACUGACCCGAUUACUUAAGCGGCAACUAGAUUAAGUGUUCCCAUGAGCCAAAAUGUCUGGGCUUAUCAAUGAGCAGCCUCAGAUGUUGUGGAACAUCCUGACUUUGAUUAUGUAAUUCAUUUAUCCUAAGUAAGGGGGGAAUUUUUCCUCUGAUGGUUAACCAGAUUUAAAGUCGAUGUUAAUUUCAUGAACUUGUGUUAUAAAUACUCAUUAUGAAAAGCAUGCCACUAAAUUGUUUUCACUAGAAACACAUUUGUUUUCAGCAAUCUUGAGUUUUUUAACAGAAAAAAUCAUACCAGAUUGCAAACUGAAACUGAUGGAGAUCAUUAUUUUCUGUACAAACAGCAACAUAAACAUAUGGCAGCCUGUUGUGCUUUUUCCAUUACUGAAGCUAGAACAAAGAUGUCAAGUCAUUUGAUCUAUUCCUAUUGUGAACUGGUUUCACAGUUGUACAGUAAGCGGUACAAAAAAUGUAUGCAAUCUUCCUGUUUAUGUGAGUUUUGUCUUUGCCUCUUGACCAAAUGACAAAGUGACACGGUCACCAGAUAUAUUGUUCAUGUUAUGCAGCACCUUUUGAAUGCUAACUUUAGAAACAUGUUUUAUUAGAUAAAUUAGUUUAAUAUUACUGGUUGUAUUAGUUAAAGGGAUACUGUGAAAGAUCAUUGAUGUAAGUAAAAGUGUGGAAGGAGGUAAAACCUAUAAUAUGAUUACCAAAUAAAACAACUAUAUAUA